UAAGCGGCGGGAUCUGAGGCGGAUGUUGAUGUUGUUGUGGCUGGGCUCGCGGCGGCGGCGGCGGUGAUAAUAAUAAGAGCGAUACCGGAGGAGUUUUAGGCUGAUUUUAGUUAAUAAAGCGGCGGGAGGAGGCGGUGAGCGGGCUCUGGAGCUCCCCCGGCCCCCGAUCUCCGCUCCCCCGGGGCCGAGGCGGCGAUGAUGGAGGACUUUGAUGAGAUCUACGAGGAGGAGGAAGAAGAAGAGGAGGAAGAGGAGGAGGACGAGCAGCGGGCCGCGGAGGAGCAGCUUCUCAAAUACGCCCCGGAGCCGGUCCUGGUCCGGGGAUCGGGCCGGGUCACCGUGUUUGGACUCAGCAAUAAAUUUGAGUCAGAAUUUCCUUCAGCACUUACGGGAAAGGUAGCACCUGAGGAGUUCAAAGCCAGCAUAAACCGAGUGAACGGCUGCCUGCGGAAGACGUUGCCGGUGAACGUGCGGUGGUUGCUGUGCGGCUGUCUAUGCUGCUGCUGUACCCUGGGCUUCAGCCUGUGGCCGGUUAUCUGCCUCAGCAAACGGACACGAAGAUCCAUAGAGAAGUUACUGGAGUGGGAGAACAGUCGGCUCUAUCACAAGCUGUGUUUGCAUUGGAGGCUGAGCAAAAGGAAGUGUGAAACCAACAACAUGAUGGAAUAUGUAAUUCUAAUAGAGUUUCUACCCAAGAUCCCCAUCUUCAGACCGGAUUAGCAGCUGUAACCGCUGUACUCUGCCUUAUGGUGCCUUUCUCUGGUACUGUUGUGAUCCCCCAUGUGCCCCCUGCCCCCCCAGAACCUUGGACUACAAACUCUCGUCCUUAUAUAUAUUAUAUAUGCUACUUAUCACAAUCAGUGCUCUGUACUGUACCGAGCAUUGUUUACAACUCACACACACUUUUACACACACUUACACAACACAUGGAUGCGUGUGUGUCACACACAUUUACAAAUGGAUAAACUGUAACCCUGGCCUACAGGAAGCUGUAAGGUGGACGCGCACACACACACUUGUGCACACAUAUUAUAUAUUUUAACCCCUUAACCAAUCAAAACGGGAAAAAAACUUCCUCUUACCCUUCAAGUUUAGACCUGCACCUUCAUCCACAGCCACGCGCUACAGUUGACGUCCUGUUUGAGCUACUGAGGAGCCAAUCAAGCGGAGUUAUUCCACAGCACAAGGCGCUGCUCGUCGUUUCUUUACUUUUUAACCCAAAUGUAGCCCCGUCUGGUAUGUCAAGUUUGCUUCUUAGGUGUUUCACUAAGGCAAUGAGGCUGAUUUAGCUUUUUUUUUUAUAUAUUAAUUUUAGAAUUCCUGUAUAAAUUAGGGUUUUGGUGUGAAAAUGUGCUUCAUUGUUCUGCCAAUUCGAUAAACAUCAUGAUAUAUUGUGUUCCUGAAAGCAAGACGAUUAUAUUGUGAUUGUUUAAACGAUUAGAUUUUAGAAACAAAUAUAUGCUAUAUUUAUAAAAUCUGAGUAAAUCUAAGUUUACACAGUACCUCCCUCUAGUGGUCAGGGUUUAAAAACAACACAAAAUGAACCCAUGUCUGAUGCCACUCUUAAUCUACAUGUAAACCAUUUAAUAAUUAAUUAAUUAAAAAUCGAUACUGUUGAAGGGGCAGAGUGGACCAGCGCUCUAAAGUGCAGCUAUUAUUAUGUUCGUGAGAUCUCUGGUUUGAAUCUCAGUCAUGCAGAUUUCCAUCAGCUGCCAGAGUCCUAAGAGAGCACAAUUGGUCUUGCUCUCUCUUUCUGGGUGGGUACAGUAGAUGGUGCUCUUUCCUCUCAUUACUGUGAGGGUGAUGUAGAUCAGCACAAGGCUGCGUCUGUGAGCUGUUGUAUCAGAACCGAGUCUCUGCACUUUUUCUUCCGAGCAUUAGCGCGCUGUGAUGCUACGUGACAUUGCUGCAGCAUCAGCAGCAGUUAAAAAAAAAAAAAGAGGUGGUGGCUGACUUCACAUGUAUCAGAGGAGGCAUGUUCUUGUCUUUACCCUCCUUGUGAUGGGGGAUAUACAACUGACUAGCAGCUGAAGAAGUGGGACAAUCAGCCAGAUAAAUAUGGGAGAAAAUUAAAAAUACAUUUUUUUAUACAUUAACAUUGCAAAUACUGUACCACAUUAAUGUUUAUAAAUAAUUGUGCGGUCUAAUCAGGAAAGCUAAUUUAAUGGUUUGGAUGAUGCAACAUAUUUCAGCCAGUAUAAAAGCCGCCGCCCACUAUGUGUGUAAUUAAUUACGUACUGAAGAAGCUGGUCGAUAUGGUAAAAAAAGAAAAAAUAUUAUAUCACAAUAUUUAAACUCAUUUUUACAAUAUACGAUAUUUAUCGCAGUAUAUUGACACGCAGACAAUCAGCAGUGGCAGAAACUGCUAUUGAAAUAGCAUGCGUUAUACAGGGAUUUUUAUUACGUCUGUGCUGCACAUGAUCCAAUUAAACAGGAUUUUUUUUUUUUACUCUCUGUAAUGAAAUACACAUUUGCUCAGUGUUCUGUAAGCAUGGAUAUCGUUGAUAUGCUACAAAAAAUAUACAGAUAGAUUGAUGCGUUAAAACGAAUCAUCACAAUGUGAUUAAUACUGUAUCGCCCACCUCUAAUCUACGGUAUCGAGAUAAGUAACAUAUGUAUUGUGUUCAUGUCUGUAUGUUCUACAACAGGGGUGGGACAAUAUUGAUCUAAUAUUGAUAUUGUUAUUGAAACUUAGGCGCCAAAACUUAAGCUUAAAACACGCCCCCUAAAUUGGACUUAUUAAAGUUACUGCUUCAUUACUCCACGUCUCCACGUGGUGGUGCUAUGACUUAAAAAAUAGGGUAAAUCUGAGGUGAAGAUUAUUGGUUGUAAUAUUGUUAUACUAAAGCAUCUCUCAAAAUUGAAUAUCCUUUCAGUAUUUUUUUUUAAUGUGAAACUCAUAUUAUAUAAAUGUAUUAAAUCAAAGUAAUCUAUUUUAGAAAAAUCAGUAUCUUAGAAAAUUAGAACAUUUUAUAAGAGCAAUUGGUACUUUUGGCAGUCUGGGUAGUGUGCCAAGUCCUGCUGGAAAAUGAAAUCCGCAUCUCCAAACCAUCACUGAUUGGUGGAAACUUCACACAAGAUCUCAAGCAGCUUGGACUAUGUGUCCUCUUCCUCCAGACUCUGAUCCCUUGAUUUCCUUUAAAUGAAAUGAAAAAAAAUUAACUGAUGAUCAGUGAUGGUUUGGAGAGUCAUGUCUGUCAUCUGCUGGUGUUGAUCCACUGUGUUUUAUUAUCAAGUCUAAAGUCAGUGCAGUUUUGUUUUCCCACAAAAUCUUACAGCAGCACUUCAUGCUUCUUCCCUCUGCUGAUGAGUUUUAUAGAGAUGCGGAUUUCGUUUUCCAGCAGACUUGGCACACUGCCCACACUGCUUACCAAAAGUACCAAUUGAUCUGUACGCCAAUACUCCUUAACCUUAACAGUAAAAUAAACAAUUAAAAUGGAUCACUCUGUGUGUAAUACAUCUAUAUAAUAUACAAGUUUCACAUUUUGAACUCAGUUACUGAAAUAAAAGUAACUUUUCAAUGAUAUUCUAAAUGAGAUGCACUAGUAUAUUGGUUAUUUACUUCGUUAAAGUAUCAUAGAGAUUUUUCUUGCGAUAUAUUGAGUAUCGCAGAAUCACACAGUAUUAUGAUAUCAUCAUUAUCAUCAUGGGCAUCGUGUUGUGUAGCACUCUGCGAUUCCCACCACUCUUGUACGAUACAACGAUAAAUCUUAGUGACACGCCUACUACAGAAGCAGACUUUUCACACCAGACACAUCAUUUGGGAUAAAACAAGUGAAUGUGUACCUUUAAUUUCUGAACUUCUCCUUGUAAAGUGGAUUGAGCUUUAGAAUGAAGAAUACUGAAGACGGAGCUUUGACCCGAGAGCCAAAACUGUCAUUUUAUCCCCCUUAGUCCACCUGCCCACCAACAACCCCCCCCCCCCCCCCCAAACAGAGACAAUCGCACACAGGCUGUGCUGCUAAAGGACCCGACUCAGACUUUGAGCUUAAAUCUCGUCCAAGUCUAAUUAAAAACUAAUUCAGACUGGACUGAAAAGACGUUUCUGGAUGGUCCUGGUCGCAGCUGGAUUUCAGUGAUGCAGCACACGAUUAUUAAUAAUUAUUAUUACUGAUUUUUUUUUCUUGUCUUUUUUUUUUAGCCUUGUUUACCUGCUCUGUAAAAGACAAAACAAAGCAGACAAUGUUACUUUCUUGAUUUUUGUGUGUGGGUGAAUUGUGUUUUGUCUGUCCUCCAGUGAUAUCAGGUGAAAGAAAAUGUCAUCUUUGGUUGGUUGUGUCUUCGCAGUUUGAGCGGGAAAAUGAUUUGACUGUAGUACACAUGAAAUACAUAAUGUGAAUUAUUUCUA